GUGGUAGUGGUAGUAGUAGUAAUGGUAGCCGCAACGUCAGCGGCAGGAGCAGCAGCGACAAUGGCAGCAACAGUAGGGGGAGUAGUGGUAGUGGUAGUAGUGAUGGUGCUAGUGGUAUUGGUGGUGGUAGUAGUAGUUAAUAGUGGUAGUUGUAGUGGUAGUGAUAGUGGUAUUGGUGGUCAUGGUGGUUGUGGUGAAGGUGGUGGUAGUAGUAGUCAUUGUACUGGUAGCGGUAGUAGUAGUAAUGGUAGCGGCAGCGACAGGAGCAACAAUGACGGCAACAGCAACAGUAAGAGUAGUAGUGGUAGUGGUAGUAGUGAUAGUGAUACUGGUAUUGGUGGUGGUAGUAGUUAGUAGUAGUGGUAGUGAUAGCGGUAGCGACAACGGUAGUGGAAGCGGUGACGACAUCAGCAACAUCAGUAGCAACAACAAUAACAUUAGUAGUAGUGGUGGUAGCAAUAGUUAAAACCUCUCUCCCGAUUUGAGCAUAAAUUAUUUGAUGUAUACACUCAAAUACUCCCCAUGUCCCCUGAUUUUGUCAUGUGUUACCUUUUUGUCUGUCCUACUAAGUUUGUCUCAUGCUAUAUUUUGUAAUAUAUCAGUGGUUACAAUUAA